AUGUUCAUGAAGUCGAAUCGACUGUCGUCAUCGGUUUUGCUUUCCUCAUUCUUACUCGUGUUCCAGUGGCCACUAGCUACACGAGCACAAGGCGUCUCCAUGUUGUCCUUCGGUGAAACAUGGCACAUUCUUGGGCCUUUCCAGAUUGGGACCAGAGAGGCUUCUUGGGGUGCAGAUCCACUAGAAUAUGCUGGUGGCUUUAGAAACCUCACUUAUAAUCCAGGCGCAACAUUUCCUAGUGCCCUACCAGCGAAUGGAACUGCGUCGUGGAACAUCACCAAGGCUAAGCAGACCCUAAGCACUGCUGGCUCGGCUAAUGCAUCUCUGAGCAUCAGCUACUCAAAUGUCGACUGGGACUUCUUGAAAGUUGUUUACGGAUGGGCUGCCGUCCAAUAUCAGGCUUGGGUGCGCGGCGAGAUUGUCGUGGGUGGGAAUGCCACUCAAUCUGUCAUCUUACACACAGACUCUAUCCUAGAGUACUGGAUCGACGACAAGCAUUACUUCGGGGGCGACUACUACAGCUUCCGGCAUGCGCCUCCUGUGUUGCAUCUUACGCCUGGCUCACACAAAAUUGACAUCCGUCUGGUCCGCGACGUAAGGGCCUUUGGAGGUAUUCUAGCACCAACAAUUGACGUUGUAGUCGACAUACGACAAGUCACUGCGUCACUCGAACUUGCGAAGCCUGGAAUCCUGAUGUCUGAUGUCAUAAAUGGAAGACCCGCGUCUACUAUCGGGUCGGUAUCCUUGAGGAAUAGCGGGCAGGAGGACAUUGAGAUCUUGGGCAUCCAACGGUCCACUGCCAGCUCUCAAAUGCCAUUUGUGGAGAGAGAUAUGAUUGAUAAUCAACGCACCUUACCCAUGACCAUAGUUGCUGGUCAAACGAGGCCCGUGUCAUUCGAUAUCCUUCCAGUAGCCAGCAAUACGUCUACCGCGGAUUAUGAGAUAAAAUACAGGAAAGUUGGCAGCACUCACUCUUCGACAAUCUGUGCUUCCCAGCCCUUUAACCACGUAGAUCUUUAUGCGCCCCAUAAGAUUACAUAUCUCCAUCCAGGGGGCAUGGUAUCUUACGCUAUGCUUCGGCCUCCUGCCAAGAACGCAAAUUGCUCAUCUAAUCGCUUGAAACUACCAGUUCUUCUGCAGCUUCAUGGAGCGGGAGUUGAAGCUGAUAACCCCAUGGUAUAUCAUGCACUGGACCCCGUGUCAGACCUUUGCGCGUGGGUGUUAUUCCCAACAGGCGUUACUACAUGGUCCAGCGAUGACUGGCACAACUGGGGCUUUACUGAUGUGGAAGCAGCUAUCGCAGCUAUUUCAGAUUGGAUUGAAAAUAAUAAAUGGACCGGCCCCGGCGUUGAUGCGGAUCGUUGGAUAGUCUCGGGUCACUCUAAUGGCGGCCAAGGAACUUGGUUCGCCUUGACACAUCGUCCAGACAAGGUGCUAGCUGCGGCUCCAGUAUCUGGAUACAGUAGUAUCCAGAAGUAUGUCCCAUAUGAGCUUUGGCAGGGCGCAGACCCCAGACGCAAAGAGAUGAUAAGCGCAUCCCUAAACAGUUAUCGUCAUGAAUUGCUCAUGCCGAACGUGCGAGGCAUUCCUAUCCAGCAGCAGCAUGGCGGGAUUGAUGACAAUGUACCAGCAUAUAAUUCGCGCCUCCUAGCACAACAGAUCCAUCAGGAGAACGCCAACUCGAGUUUCAAUGAGGUUGUUGGCUUCAGUCAUUGGUGGGAUGGUGUCAUGACUACUCCCCAAUUAGUCAGCUUCUACUACAGCCAGACAAAUAGCGAGGACGUCAUACCACGAAAACUGAAGCAAUUCAGCUUCCUCGUUGGCGAUCCAGGAGACAUGGGUAGCAAAGGGGGGAUCAGAGUGAAACAUUUAGAGGACCCAGGACGAUACGGAAGAGUCAGUGUUCGAGGGAACAUUAUCAAGACCUCGAAUGUACAAGAUCUUGAAUUCGAUAUUGCUCUUUGGAAGGAGUCGGUAACCAUUGACCAGAAAAGGAUUGGACUCCCAGGUACGCCAAGUCCAGGAGAGGCAGUAGUCAGUGUCUACAAAUCGGCCGACGGUUGGACACUGGGUCCAGCUGGGAAAGAAACCAGGAGCCUCCAACGAAAUGGUCGCCAGCUGGGUUCCAUGACUGCUGUUCUGCGUACACAAGGCUCUUUCAUCAUUCGUCAUUCAGGGUCUAUGGCCACAUCGCAUAUCGCCUUGCAGGUUUCCCGUAAUCUCCACCAAUACUUCAAAGCAGACACGCAAAUUCUCCCAUCUGUAUCAAAUUCUAUCCCUCCAGAUUCCUCUGGAAACGUCAUUACUCUGGGUAUCGCCAGUAGUCUCCCGCCAUUCCAGUCUAGCUUUCCUAUCUAUGUCAGUGAAUCUGGAGUCAUUGUUCGCGAUUAUCGUGGUCAGGAACACCAGUAUGGGGAGGAGGCCAGUGGUGCUGCGUUCCUUCGCCCCCUCGAAGGCGAACGACUGGAAUUGGUGCUCUGGGGUUCUGAUGAGGCAGGACUGCAGCAGGCGGCACGGAUUCUGCCCAUUAUGACAGGCGUGGGACAACCAGACUUUGUAAUUUUUGGUAAAAGUGCAAAGUGGAAGGGUAUUGAAGGUGUGCUGGCUAUGGGCUUCUUUGACUCUAACUGGGAGAUUACACCGGCUAGUGUCAUUGACAGUGACAUUGGCACAUAUCAGGCUGAUUAG